AUGGAAGCCGCACUCAUCGGCCAGCUGGCGUUCAUCAAAGAUGGCGCCAACGCGGCUGAUGCUCUGCCCAGCCUGAUGGAUCCUGGCGAUGUCAGCACGACUUCCCAGCGGCACUGCAAUGCUGAAGGGGAGGCUGCGGUCACGGAAGAGAGGUUCAAGCGAUUCCAUGAUAACGCAGAGUCCACGUGCAAGGCUGUGAAGCUCCAAGAUAGCUUCGUGUGCUCCGUGGCCUCGAAGACCUUCCUGAACUUUUACGAAUGCACCGAUCUGGUCUUGGAGGCUCCCCGCAGGAGCAAGUCUUGGACAAGCCUGCCACGGGUGGAGAUGCAACACGUCGGAGAGCCUUGU